AUGCGAUGGCCUCCAUGGAGUUCCAAGUCAACCGAUGACAGCCAACAACAAACCCCCAACUCAACAACCUCAUCCUCCCACUCCACUCCCACAUCGCAACCCUCCAGCUCUUUACUGGAUUGGUCCGCCUUCAUAGAGCCUCGAACCGUCGUUCCUACUAUCCUCCUGACAAGUGGUAUACUAUUCGCCGUCCGUAUACACCGUCGCUACCUCCGCCGCGUCCCCGAUGCACCUAGCAUCUCACCUUCUUGGCUCCGCCGCCGCACAGUAUUCGGACAGGUAACCAGCGUUGGCGAUGGUGAUAAUUUCAGAAUCUAUCACACACCGGGUGGCCGUCUAGCUGGUUGGGGCUGGUUACCUUGGAAGAAAGUUCCUACUACCAAAAAAGAGCUGAAAGAUAAAACGCUAUUCCUCUGUCCUGUCCAGAUCCAUAUCCGUCUAGCUGGCAUAGAUGCUCCCGAACUUGCCCAUUUCGGUCGUCCUGAACAACCUUUCGCUCGCGACGCCCACACCUGGCUUACCUCGUACCUGCUCGGUCGCCGUGUACGGGCAUCAAUCUACCGGCAGGAUCAAUAUAACCGUGUUGUUGGUAGUGUGUCUGUACGGCGCGCAUUGGAUUUCCCGCCGUUUCGACGACGGGAUGUCUCGUACGAGAUGCUGAAACGUGGACUUGCGACUGUUUACGAGGCAAAGUUUGGAGCGGAGUUCGGGGGCGCGGCGAUGGAGAAGAAGUAUCGCAAGGCUGAAUGGUGGGCCAAGUUGAGAUCUAAGGGCCUGUGGAAGGAUUAUAAACGAGUUGGCUCGGAUUGGGAGAGUCCGAGGGAAUAUAAGACUCGGAUGGGGAUGGGGGAUGUGGAUAGCUCGAGCAAAUCGAAGUGA